GGAAGAAGCAGAAGAAGAAGGUUCAUCCUCCAGCCCAGCAGGCGGUGCUCCUGGCGGAGAAGCUACUUAGCAGGUCGCCUUUCAGAAACACGGAUACGACGGUAAACCUUCGGUGUCUGGAGCAACUGUUGGCUUCUCUGGACUGAUUUUGGAUUAAAGGGUCUACACAGGAAGGGACCCCCACCAUGGCGGACAUCAAGAACUUCCUGUACGCCUGGUGUGGAAAGAAGAAGCUCACUCCCAACUACGACAUCCGAGCAGCAGGGAACAAAAACAGGCAGAAGUUCAUGUGCGAGGUCCGUGUCGAUGGCUUCAACUACAUCGGGAUGGGCAACUCCACCAACAAGAGGGACGCUCAGACCAACGCUGCCAGGGACUUUGUCAACUACCUGGUCCGACUCGGGGAAAUGAGCGCAGCAGAGGUCCCGGCUCUGGGGGCGAGCGCUCCAGAUGGCGACCAGCUGGAUGGAGAUGGAGGAGGAGGAGGAGGAGAAGGAGGAGGAGAAGGAGAAGGAGGUGGAGGGAGCUUUGGAAACCUCCCUUCCAGCGCUCCACUGCCGCCUCACCUGGUAGUCAAAGUUGAGAAAGAAGAGAGCGGCGGCACUGGACCAGUACCAGGAGUGACUGGACUCGGUUACUCUGGAGGAGGAAACUCUGGAUGGAGCGGAGGAGGAGGAGGAGGAGGAGGAGCUCAGUGGGACCGAGGAGCCAACCUGAAGGAGUACUACGCCAAGAGAGACGAACAGGAAGCGCAGGCGACGCUGGAGUCCGAGGAGGUGGACCUGAACGCUAAUCUCCAUGGCAACUGGACUCUGGAGAACGCCAAGGCCCGUCUGAACCAGUUCUUCCAGAAGGAGAAGAGCAGCGCUGAGUAUAAAUACAGCCAAGUGGGACCGGACCACAACAGGAGCUUCAUAGCGGAGAUGCAGCUGUUUGUGAAGCAGCUGGGCAGAAGGAUCACGGCUCGAGAGCACGGCUCCAACAAGAAGCUGGCGGCCCAGUCGUGCGCUCUGUCUCUGGUCCGGCAGCUGUACCACCUGGGGGUCGUGGAGGCGUACUCGGGGGUCACCAAGAAGAAGGAGGGAGAAACGCUGGAGGCGUUCGAUGUCAGCGUGGCCCCAGACCUGCAGCAGCAGCUCGCCAGUGUCGUCCAGGACCUCGGAGUCCAAAUCCCCCCGCCCCCCGAAGACCCCAGCGCCUCGGUGUCCCUGGUUCAGGGGAAGAUGGCGACGUUUGAGCCGUCGCAGCGUCAGAGCGGGGCCGGGGUCGUCCCCUGGUCGCCUCCGCAGGUCAACUGGAACCCCUGGACCAGCAGCAACAUCGACGAGGGACCGCUGGCCUUCUGCACCCCGGAGCAGAUCAGCGGCGACCUGCACGACGAGCUGAUGUACCAGCUGGAGCACGACGACGGCCUGCAGAAGAUCCUGGGGGAGCGCGACCAGCUGCCCGUCAAACAGUUUGAGGAGGCCAUCAUGGACGCUGUCGACAAAAACCCCGUGGUGAUCAUCAGAGGAGCGACGGGCUGCGGCAAAACCACCCAGGUUCCUCAGUACAUCCUGGACCGCUUCCUCAAAGGACGCAAAGCCUCCGACUGCAACAUCGUCGUCACCCAGCCCAGGAGGAUCAGCGCCGUGUCGGUGGCCGAGCGAGUCGCCUACGAGAGAGGAGAGGAUCUUGGGAAAAGCUGUGGCUACAGCGUCCGCUUCGAGUCCAUCCUGCCGCGACCCCACGCCAGCGUCCUCUUCUGCACCGUCGGUGUUUUGCUGCGGAAGCUUGAAGCAGGAAUCAGAGGCAUCAGUCACGUUAUCGUUGACGAGAUCCACGAGAGAGACAUCAACACGGACUUCCUCAUGGUGGUCCUCAGAGACGUGGUCCAGGCCUACCCUGAAGUUCGGGUCAUCCUCAUGUCGGCCACCAUCGACACCACCAUGUUCAGAGAGUACUUCUUCAACUGCCCCAUCAUCGAGGUGUUCGGACGCACCUUCCCUGUCCAAGAGUAUUUCCUGGAGGACUGCAUCCAGAUGACGAACUUCGUGCCUCCACCAGCGGACCGCAAGAAGAAGGAUAAAGACGAGGAGGGAGGAGAGGAGGAUACGAACUGUAACGUGAUCUGCGGGCCGGAGUACACGGCGGAGACGAAGCGCUCGAUGGCUCAGAUCAACGAGAAGGAGACGUCCUUCGAGCUGGUGGAGGCUCUGCUGAGGUACAUCGAGACGCUGCAGGUGGCCGGCGCCGUGCUCGUCUUCCUGCCCGGCUGGAACCUCAUCUACUCCAUGCAGAGACACCUGGAGACCAACCCUCACUUCGGAAGUAGCCGGUACCUGAUCCUGCCGCUGCACUCGCAGAUCCCCCGAGAGGAGCAGAGGAGGGUGUUUGAACCGGUUCCCGACAACAUCACUAAGGUGAUUCUAUCCACCAACAUCGCCGAGACGAGCAUCACCAUCAACGACGUCGUGUACGUCAUCGACUCCUGCAAGCAGAAGGUGAAGCUCUUCACCUCCCACAACAACAUGACCAACUACGCCACCGUCUGGGCCUCCAAGACCAACCUGGAGCAGAGGAAAGGACGAGCCGGCAGAGUCCGACCCGGGUUCUGCUUCCACCUGUGCAGCCACGCUCGGUUCGAGAGGCUGGAGACUCACAUGACUCCAGAGAUCUUCAGGACGCCGCUGCACGAAGUGGCGCUGAGCAUCAAGCUGCUGAGGCUCGGAGGCAUCGGACACUUCCUGUCUAAGGCCAUCGAGCCGCCGCCGCUGGACGCCGUCAUCGAGGCCGAGCACACUCUGAAAGAGCUGGACGCUCUGGACGUGAACGACGAGCUGACUCCUCUGGGUCGGAUUCUGGCUCGGCUGCCCAUCGAGCCUCGGCUGGGGAAGAUGAUGAUCAUGGGCUGCAUCUUCUAUGUUGGCGACGCCAUGUGCACCAUCUCGGCCGCCUCCUGUUUCCAGGAGCCGUUCAUCAGCGAGGGGAAACGUCUCGGCUUCGUCCACAGAAACUUCGCCGGCAGCCGCUUCUCUGACCACGUGGCUCUGCUGUCCGUCUUCCAGGCCUGGGACGACGUCAGGAUGAACGGCGAGGACGCAGAGAAUCGCUUCUGUGAACACAAACGUCUCAACAUGUCGACUCUGAGGAUGACCUGGGAGGCCAAAGUCCAGCUGAAGGAGAUCCUGGUCAACGCUGGAUUCCCUGAAGAGUGUCUCAUGACCCAGAUGUUCAACACGGUCGGGCCGGACAACAACCUGGACCUGGUGGUGUCUCUGCUGACCUUCGGCUCGUACCCCAACGUCUGCUACCACAAAGAGAAGAGGAAGAUCCUGACCACCGAGGGCCGCAACGCCCUCAUCCACAAGUCCUCCGUCAACUGCCCCUUCAGCAGCCACGACAUGACCUACCCCUCGCCGUUCUUCGUCUUCAGCGAGAAGAUCCGAACCAGAGCGAUCUCGGCUAAAGGGAUGACCCUGGUCAGCCCUCUGCAGCUGCUGCUCUUCGCCUGCAAGAAGAUCAGCUCCAACGGAGAAAUCGUGGAGCUGGACGACUGGAUCAAGCUGAGGAUCCCUCACGAGGUGGCGGGCGGCAUCGCGGCUCUGCGGGCCGGGCUGGAGGCUCUGGUGGUGGAGGUCACCAAAGACCCAGAGUACAUCAGGCAGAUGGGUCCGAGCAACGAGCGGCUGCUGAACAUCAUCAGACAGAUCUCCAAACCGUCAGCUGCUGGGCUCAACAUGAUGGCCAACAACCAGAGGAUGGGAGACGGCCCUCGACCUCCAAAGAUGGGACGCUUCGACGGAGACGGGGGAGGAAGAGGAGGCUACAGAGGAGGAGGGGGAGGAGGAUAUGGAGGAGGGGGAGGAUAUAGGGGGGGAGGAGGCUACAGGGGAGGAGGAGGCUACAGAGGAGGCGGCUAUGGUGGAGGAGGAGGUGGGGGAGGUUACAGAGGAGGCGGCUAUGGUGGAGGAGGAGGUGGGGGAGGUUACAGAGGAGGCGGCUAUGGUGGAGGAGGGGGUGGAGGAGGAUACAGAGGCGGCGGUGGAUAUGGAGGAGGAGGAGGUUAUAGAGGAGGAGGAGGGUACCGAGGAGGUUAUUAACCUUAAAGUCGGUCUGUCAGUUUUUCUUUGUAAAAAGUGUUUUUGUGAGUAAAAUCGUUUGUAAUCCGGUCGAUAAGAAAUAAAGAGUCGUUGCAGGUGUCGGUCUGAUCUCUCCAGCUGUUCAUGACCACAGGAAGCUCCGGAUCGGCGGCCCGCACGCCCGGCGCUCCGGCCAGCUACUCCAUCAUAUGUUCUGUACGUUUAAAUUUUCUAAGUUUAAAAUGUGUCAAAGCUGUCAAAAUAUCCCGAGUGUACAAGUACUACAACCUCCCUGCAAAGUACUGCCAUGUUGGUGUUUUGUAGCAUGUAAAAUCCCCCAACAGUGGAGAGAAGUACUGCAGUAAUACUACAGCGUAAAGUACUUUAUUACCAGUAACAACCCUGCGUUGCAAAUAUUACUUUAGUAGAAGUAUAAUCAGGAAAAUGUAGUUAAAAUAUCCAAAGUUAAAAGUACUCGUUUCGCAGAUUUGUUUCUUACUUCUGAUGCAUUUAAAUACAGAAAGUACUGAAUACUUUGUUGUACUGCAUAUUAAUAAUGUUUAAAAAAGUAUCAGUAGCCACAAACGAAUGCUCUCAAAUAAAAGUAAUGCAGUAAAAAGUACUGUGAAGUAAAAUGAGCUGCUGACGGAGGAUCCGGAUCAACAACUGGAGGAAAUCUAAAAUCUGUGUUUACUUCUUCUGCAUUUGUCUCGGUGUCUUUUGUGCUUGUGUUGAUGGAACAAUAAAUCCCAUUUUUAAAAAACA